UGACCUCAAUCUUGUGCCUUGAAGUCUAUCCUUAGUGCUUGGCCAAGGAGUCUAGUAUUUCUCGCAGCGGAGAAAAGGACGGCCUUUGCACCAAUUGGACGCCUUCCCCCGUCAUCGAAGUUUACUGGCGUUGUUGCCCAUGGGGACCCAAUCAGCUUACACAAGGGACUGCAGUAAAAAGGUUGAACGCAAGACUAUCCACGUCGAUCAUCAUUUGAUUCAACAAGUUCGUAAAUUAAACUAACGGAAUCUGAUAGUCGCAAUUUGAAGUACCUGUGCAACAAGCCCCUGAUCCAUGGAGUGAACAGGCAGUAUAUAAUCAUGCUUGAGUCCCCUGCUCCAGGACCUUCUCUUUGCCCAUCAGACAAGCUCACUCAAUUCAGUCAUUCCUUUACCAAGCCUGCUCUUCAGCGUCCACUCUUUCACCACGUCAAAGACACACAAGUCAUUCUUUAUCUCUCAUCAAAUUACCAAUUUUAACUCGCCAAAAUGAAGUUCACCGGAUUUAUUGCCUCUCUUGCUGCUGUCAGCGCUGCCUCCGCUGCUGCCAUUCCUACUGCUUCUCUCCAGCCCACCUUAAACCAACUUUCUGGUGUCCUUGUCAAUAUUGACGGUGUCCUUGGUGGCGUCCUCGGUGAUGCGGACGUUUCUAACCUUGUUCAGGUUCAGGACGCUCUCAAGGAGAUCCAGAGCGAGCUGAGCAAGCUCACCAGUCCCGUCUGCCAGCGCAGCGUUGUUGGCAAUGAGGUCGACACCGUUAACAGUGUUGCUUCCCCUGUGGUUUCCACUGCUAGCGGUGCCGUCCAGCCUGUGGUUGGCACUGUCAACUCAGCUGUCGGCACCGUUGAGGGUACUGUUGGCAGCACCCUUCCCGGCAUCACCAGCGCCCUUGGUGCUAAGCGUCAGGUUGGACAGCUCGGUGGCGUUGCGACGAACCUGGUCAGCCAGAUUCAGGACGGAACCCUCACCGAUGCUGCUGUCGAGCAGAUCCUUGAGUCCAUCCAGGCCGGCAACCUCUCUCUGGUCGACAGCAUCCUUGGUGCUCUGUAAAGAAACAGACUCAGGAAUUUAUGCUUUCUCUCACGAAUGUCAUGGAACCUAUCUGCAAAACGGUUGAAGUGAAGCUCCUGCCGGGGAAACCCACGGAAAACGGCAAUAUGAGAGUACAGCGAUGUUGUGAACCUGACUGAACGGCGGCAUGG